GAUACACAUCAUAGAUAGACAUUGUAUACAAAUGGGUCAACACUGCACAAAUAUGGAUUCUCUUUACACAUUAAAAUCAUACCAUGUAAUAACCAUUAACGCCAUAAGCAUAUGACUAUUGGUCCAGUCGCGUUUGCUAAUCAAACACAUUCCUUAAUAUAUAUCAUACACACCCUUAAAACAUUAAAAUACCCAGGCAAAAUGCUGUCUUAUCCCAUUUCUGAUUCAAAAUCCCAAUACUUCAAUGUCACGUUAAAAGUAACACUAUAAUCAUGCAUAAUAAUUUGAAAUCACGCAGGUGUCAGUGAAUACGCAUUUAACUUGUCACACGUGCUUACUGUGGCGCUCUGUUCCGGUCACGUCACGUGGUUAACAAACCCGCCGCCGCGCUCUCCACAGCAACGACAUAAAGACGCCAUUACCGUUGCCUUCAAUUGACCUUUUCUACACGACCGCAUCUAAAACGAUUUAGUGGUAAAACAAUUAAUAUACAAAUUACAUAAAUAGCACAUUUAAGCUAACGACGCUGAGGUUACUCGGUCUGACUAAAGAAGCAGACAAAAACAGUCACGGGGCUCACCGCGAAAUCUCACGGGCUCCGAAUCCAGAAUGCGAAAAUAAUUACGUUGGAUACAAAAUGGCGAAUGCUCUCUUUUCUUCGACAUGCGCAAACUGAGCAGAGCCUUUCCUUCUGAAAUGAAGCUCUGUUCCCAUGCAUCCCUCCAACCAAUGGGCUUCGCAGUCGGGAUGCCUCUGAGUCAAUUCGACCAAUCAGAACCGCGGACAGCGCAGAACAGGAAACAUGUAGCCAAUCGGAGGCCAGGAUGGAUUUAUUGUAUUUGCAAAGAGUGAGAAUCAAAGAACACCAACGAGAGAGCGUAAUUCGCAGCGCCUCUUUCGUACUGAGCAAUCAGGUUACGCGCUUCAGUCUAGCCAAUAGGAUUUUGCUUAGCGGGCAGCCAAUCGCAAUGCUCGGGAUUUGCCCACUGUGGCCCCGGCAGCCAAUAGGGAUCCGAGAAACACAACCUCAGCUCAACAGCUUGUUAUUUCGUCUAUGCCUUUGCAACCUAGUCGAAUGCUGAGCUGAAGCAGUCAUAUAGGAGCAUCAGUCAAAACCAAUCGAGCUGGACUCCCUCAAAUAGCCAUCAAGAUGAAGGUAGCAGAUGAACCUGCCUACCUGACUGUGGGGACGGACGUGAGCGCAAAGUACCGUGGUGCCUUCUGCGAGGCAAAAAUCAAGACUGUUAAACGCAUUGUGAAAGUUAAGAUUGUGCUUAAAGGAGACAGCACCUCACAAGUUGUCCAAGAUGACCAAGUCAAAGGACCCUUAAGAGUUGGCUCAACAGUGGAAGUGAAGAGCCCAGAGGGUAGACAUAGCGAAGCUGUCAUCAGCAAACUCACAGAUGCCAGCUGGUACACUGUGGUUUUUGAUGAUGGAGAUGAGAAAACCCUUAGAAGAACUUCACUGUGUCUUAAAGGCGAAAGACAUUUUGCAGAGAGUGAGACUUUGGACCAACUGCCCCUGACUAACCCAGAGCACUUUGGCACUCCAGUCAUUGGAAAGAAGACAAAUCGAGGUAGAAGGUCUUCUCAGGCAGUUGCAGAAGAUGAAAAGGAGUCUUCAUCGAGUGAAGAUGAUGACGAUGACAGGAGGAGGCUUAAUGAUGAUCUUUUGGGGAAAGUUGCCUCCAUUCAGAGUGGCUCAGAUAGUGAUUCCUGGCACUAUGUCCUGGUGAUAUCUCCAAGCUGCAAUGAUGACCUAACUGUCAAAAAGGACCAAUGUUUAGUACGAUCAUUUGCAGAUUCCAAAUUUCACACAGUGGCACGCAAAGAUGUUCAGGAAGUAAACAUUGGCACCCUCUCCAAACCUGAGUGCUCAAACAGGAAAGGGUUUGAAGCAGCACAUUACUUUCUACAGGCCAGACAGGUCCCUGACAACUGGAAAGUAAACUUGAGUGAGAUUCUUGAAUCCUCUAGCAGUGAUGAAGAAGACCAUAGUAAGGAUGGUGAAGGCGAGGAGAAGGAGAAGGAGCCAGAACCAGAGGAACCUGAUGAUGAGCCAGAUCCAGAAGAAAGAGACCACUUUCUACAGCAGCUUUACAAGUUCAUGGAGGACAGAGGGACACCGAUUAACAAACCUCCAGUGCUUGGCUACAAGGAUCUCAACCUCUUCAAGCUCUUCCGACUGGUGUAUGUUCACGGAGGCUGUGACAAUAUUGAAAGUGGCUCUAUUUGGAAACAGAUCUACAUGGAUCUUGGCAUCCCAGUUCUGAACUCGGCUGCCUCGUACAAUGUGAAAACUGCCUACAGAAAGUACCUGUACGGAUUUGAGGAGUACUGCCGCUCUGCUCAGAUUCAGUUCAGGACAGUGCACCACAACGAGCCACGGCCAGACCCCCAGCCGGAAGUGCAGUGCGUUAAGACUUCGGAAAAAGAGAGUGAAGAUCCAGAUGAGAUGAUGCAGCAGGUUACAGUUGAGCCUGGAACUAGCGAGGAAAAACCUGCGGCAGACGCUGAUGAGUCAGAUGCUGAGAGUGAAAAGGGACUCAAAGAUAUCUGCUCGCCCAGGGGCCGGCGGCGGUGUACGGUGACCCCUGUGAAAGUAGAGGCGAAAGAACCUGUGAAGCAGGAGAAACCAAAGGAGGAGAAGAAAAAGGAGGAGACGCAAGGUGGAGGAGAGAACAGCGAAGAGGAGCAAAAGAAGAAAUCCGAUGGGGAGACCCCCGGGAAACGUCGCAGCUGCUGCCUUGAGGAGUCUGAUAAAGAUACUGAUGAUGAAGAACAGGAAGAUGAUGAAGAUGAGGAAGAAGAUGGUGAGAGAUCCAGACUCAGGGACCGAGAUGAGAUGGAGGAGGAUGACUGCUGUGAGGACUCUGAGCAUUCUGUGACCGGCACUAAAAUCAAAGUGAGAUACGGCAAGGGGAAGACACAGAAAAUCUAUGAAGCUAACAUCAGGAACACAGAGACCGAUAAUGGAGAGGUUCUUUACCUGGUGCAUUACUACGGCUGGAAUAUUAGAUAUGAUGAAUGGAUCAAGGCAGAUCGAAUAAUAUGGCCUGUCGAUAAGGGGGGAACAAAGAGAAAACAAAAGAAAAAAGUGAAGAAUAAAGAAGAUGGAGAGGAGGAUAAACAGGCCAAACAAGCGAUACGUCGAGGUCGUCCUCCACUCAAAACCACCCCUCCCAGCACCUCCCGUAGUGUGUCCAAGACCCCCAGCAGCGAGGGUCGAUCCAGCAGCAAGACCUCAAGGCCCACAGAUGCCUCUACCCUGCCAAAUGGAGAGGGUACCCCUCUUCGGCGAAUGAGGAGAACUUCUGGGAUGUAUGAUUCGGAUAGAGGAUCUAAUGAUUCAGGGAACUCCUCAGAUGAUAGUGAGUGUGAGGAAUCUCCUGAGAAGUUGGAAUGGACAGAGACAACCUAUCCACCCCCAACAUCAAAACAAGAGGCAGCUGACAAUCUCCCAGAGGAGAGCACAAUGCCAGAGCCUGCGCAGACUGAGCCUGAACUUCCCAGCAGCGCUCAGGAGAUGCCCAACUUCAAGGAGAGGGAGAGUAAACUUGAGGAAGACACAUCCCUGCUCCCUGUUGAGUCUGAUGACGGAUCUCCAAAACCGAGAGUGAAGAAGCCUCGUUUGAAAGAACCAGGACCAGAGACUCCCACACAAACACCUGCCGCUGCUAAUCACACUCAGACAGAGGAACCCUCCACUCCUCUGCAACCUGCGAAGAUACCCCAGAAAAGGCCAUAUAGUCCUUUAGAGAGAAUAACGCACGUGGAGAUUACCUCGGACACAGACUCUGCAACAGAGGACUUCGGCGCGUCAGAGCAAAAUGCCGCAGUGGAAUUCGAAUUCACUGAACAGCUAACGCCGGAAAGGGUAGUCCACGUGAACAUAGAAGAAGAAGAAAGAAGAAUGCUUUCUCUAGUUAAAACACCACCGCUGGAGAAGAAACCUGAUCCUGAGAAGAAGACUGAGGUGGUGCAGAAACCUGAGGAACACCCUUCUCCAACAUUAUCAUCUCCCAGUAAAGAUAUCGAGAUGAAAUCUGAGAUGCCCGCUCUUACCAGAGAGGUGCACCUCAGGGUAGAACCUCGUUACCCAGAGCUUGAGGAUCUAACAACAACCGCAAAUGAGGAAAUGAUGCCUCAAAUCGGCCCCGAAGCGCUGGUCUGCCAUGAAGUGGACCUUGACGAUCCAGAGGAGAAGGACAGGCCCUCUGGUGAAGAGUUACUGCUAAUGAUGAAGGAAGAGAAAACUCAACCUCUAGAGCCUUCCGACCAACUUCCAGUGGGACCUCCACGCCUGUUUUCCCCAUCCUCUGCCCCCAGCCCGGACGAAUCUCACAGCACUAAGAGUGAGAGCGACACCACCAUCGAAGUGGACAGUGUGGCAGAAUCACAGGAGGGGCUUGGGGAGAAUGAGUCAACUCAUAGUUUUGAUGCUAGUGCAAGUUCAAGCAAUUCUAGCAUCUCACUGCAGGAUCGAGAUGGAAAGGACAGAGGUCAGAAAAGGUUAUUGGAUUGCACUACUGGCUUGUCGGCCAAGAAGCAAAAACGCAGCCAGAAACGUUCAAGCGCUGUAUGUAAAACAGAGAAGAAUGGAGCAGGUCACAGUAGCGACAGUGAGGACCUGUCUGCCAUGGACAGCUCUAAUAAGCUAGCCCCAGUCAAGCACUCCAGCCUACCCAAGAGCCAGAAGCUUUCUCGGUCACCCGGUCUGGUUUCUCCCAACAUUAAAGACAUGGAGAAAGACAAGCACAAAGAGAAGCAAUCCAUCCCUUCCCCCCGCACAUAUAAGUGGUCCUGCCAGUUGACUGAGCUGGACAACAUGUCAAGUGCUGAGCGCAUUUCAUUCUUGCAAGAGAAGCUACAGGAAAUCAGGAAAUACUACAUGUCACUCAAGUCUGAAGUGGCUUCCAUCGACAGGAGGCGGAAAAGAUUAAAAAAGAAGGAAAGAGAAGUGUCCCACACCACAGCGUCCACAUCAUCAGGCUCGUCCGACACGGGCAUGAGCCCGUCUUCUGCUUCCCCCACGCAGAACACUGUGGCCGUCGAGUGCAGGUGAUGUCACGCCCGUGCCCUGCCCUUGCCCCGCUCCACCUCUGCCUUCUCAGCAUCCUGCAUCCUGACGAGCCAGAGCAAGCAGCCAAUAGCACUCGACUGCUCACCGCCUCCACGUCUCUGAUCCCUAUUGGCCACUCCCACAUUCUGCACUUUGUAAACUGAUCCUGCCUCUUCUCGAUCGCUGUCACACCAGGGAAUGGACUCCGCGUGAGGGUUGAAUGUAAUCUAUGAAAUCAAAGCUUACAAUUUAUCCAUCCAGAACGUAUAUGAUGGCACUUUUCACUUCGCUCUCUACAAAUGCUGAACAGAAACCUCCUCUUACUGCUUCUGCACAGCAGGGACUGAAUUUGGAUGCAGUUGUCAGAACAUGGUAAGAACAUUGUCUCAGAUCCCUAGGUAAUGGUCACCUUAACCAGCUGGACAUGGUUAUUCAAAGAAAGGUCAGUUGGAAUGCGCUUGUUCCAUCAGAACUGCCAAAGUACAUGUGCUACAGCAGAGUGCCCUAUUUUGGAAAAGUAGGACAAAGUCAAUUGCAAAAGGAAAUGUAGUUUACUGAAAACUGCAGCUGGCGUCUUCCACUUCUGUCUUAGUAUGCGAGCACAGAGAAUUAUGCAAAACCUAUUUUUGUUGUCUCUUUUUAAGAAAAUGAAAACAAACAAAAAAAAAAAACUACAGAAAAUGUUUACAGUGGAACACGUGAUAAAACUGUUUUCAGUGGACUAAUUUACUUUGCAAGUGUAUUUUGUCUUUUUAUAUGUAAUUGCAGAGUUUUUAUUUUAGUAUGGAAAAUUUCAAAAAGUAUAUAUCACAGCCGUGAAGUUAUUUAAUGAAAGAUUUCUAGAGCUGAAAUUUUUGUGUAAAAUAAAGGUAUUAUCUUGCAACUUGUUAAAUAUAUUUAUUCAGUCCGUGGACAGCAUUUUUGUAUUUUUUACAAGAUGAGAAUCACAAUCGUCCCACAUUCGGUUCGGUCGGUGGGGUAGAAAGAGUAUAAGAAUUUUGU